AUGCUUCUCAGUAAACUAGCAGAGAAGCUGGCAGCCAGAAAGGCGAGAGCGUAUAAAUAUGAUCCGCAAAAGCGAAUGAGGAUGGUCAAUACCUUACAAAAGUUUAUUCCCAUUGUCAGCUUUUUGCUCUUCUUUAUAGCUAUUGCUUGGCUAUUGUUGUUGCCAUACGAUGGAUAUAGCAAACGAACCUAUAUCUCUGAGAAUGCUUUGUUACCGGGGCAGGUUAAUUUAGAAUAUGGAUACAACGAUGUACGAACAGCGGAAGAUUUCCGUCAGAAAUUGAUACACAUCCAAGGUCUAGACAGCGAAACUCGAGCCAACUUUAUACAACAGGAAUUUAGAAAAUCCGGGUUUGUAUCAGCAGUACAGCAUUUCGUUGUGGACGGAAAAGAACCCAAAACGGGCGUCAAUACUUUCGCUAUAAAUAGAGCACCGCGUAGUGAUGGUAAAGAGGCAUUGAUAUUGAGUGCAUCAUGGAAGUCAAGAACCGGUGAAUUUAAUACAAAUGGUAUUGCUCUACUGCUAUCACUGGCAAAGUUGUUCAAAAGAAAUGUAUAUUGGGCAAAAGAUGUGAUACUAUUGAUUGCUGAUGAAGGAAUUCACGGAACACAAGCCUGGUUAGACGCCUAUCAUGGCACUGUUCAGAAUGAUGAGUUUUCUUCUAUUGUCAUGCCUCGAUCUGGAGCAGUACAAGGAGUCGUUCAUCUUGAUUUUCCUGGAACACAAGAUUAUGAAACUUUGGGCAUAUUUUUUGGAAUUAAUUACUAUUUCAUUCAAACAGAGGGUGUCAACGGGCAACUACCUAAUUUGGACUUGGUUAACACCAUGAUAGCCAUUGCAGGUAGAACAGGUCCACCAAUGCGUGUUACACUUCAUGAUACAGCAAAACACCCCUUUGAAAGUCAUCAGUAUGGUCCUUAUUUGGGAUCAUUAUAUCAUUUGCUACAAAGCAUGAAGUACCUUGUCUUGGGCAAGCCAUCAAGUGAAGCUGGCCUUUAUUUGCGCUAUGCAAUCGAUGCUGUAACCAUUCACGGCAUUGUAGGCUCUGAACAUUUGCAUCAAUUGUUUGGCUUCAACCGUAUCGGAAACCAGUAUAUGCCUCCUGUCGCUCUGUUUGCUUGUGCGCUUAUCUUUCAGUCAUUAUCAUUGUAUUAUUUGGGUACAAAGAAGCAGACCCUUGAUAACCUAUCAGCAGGUACCUCUACAGAUGCCACAGCUUCAAAAAUAGCCGGAAUGGUACCGCCUGCUUAUUCAUUGAAAAAACGCCAUAUACGGUUUCCCUUCACUAUUAUGAUCAUCGUCCAUAUGGCAGGACUUGUUAUCUUCAAUAUUCUGCAACCUAGCUUUGGAUGGAAUUACCUUGGCCAUUUAAAAGAGAAUGAGGCCGUUGAAGUACAGUAUGGUAUAUCAGUAGCUGUAUUUAUCAUCACCAUAGUUUCUUGUAUUCUAUGGAUCAACAAAAGUCAAUCUCCUGAACACGAUGGCACCAUAUUGAAAUCAUUCUGCCUUGCCUAUAGCGCCCUAGUUAUAGCCACCGUCUCACUGCUUAACUUUACAUUAGGUGUCGCAACCGCUAUCCUUAUUUUGAUCCCGUACAGCCUCGCUCAACCUUCUUUUGGUGCUUCUUCAAUCUACAAGGCUGCUCAAACUGCUGUAUUGUUACUCUUAUCCCCUGUGGGUCUAGCCCAAAUAUUCAGUUGGGUCACUCACAUGUCCUUAACGGAUAUACUCAGUUCCAUUUUAUCAGAUUAUCAUGUCGUGGGAGCUUGGUUUUUAACUUUUCUCUGUACAGUUUAUUGGCCAAUGAAUAUGGCUGUCAUCAUUUUAGUCUACACGAAAGCAUCAUCCUAA